GUACCCCAGCACCAUCUCUGUCCGUCAGCGCAAAUUUGCCCCUCCAUUUAUCAGCAAUUCCAUCAAUAAACCACCACCCCGCCCAACUUUGCGACGGACGUUGUGGCUUGUUCAACUUACAUCACAUCCCCCCAAAUUUCAGCACCUAUAGCUACGAUAUCCCGCUCGUAGCGUGCUAGUAACACCAACCGAAAAAAACCACACAUAGGCAACACCCCGCGGAAAACCGCAAUCAUGGUCCUCGCCAAAUCCAAAAAGUCGGUCGGUCUCGGCAACUCGCUGAUGAACGACCGCUUCGGCAAGGGCAAAGGCUCCGACCGCAAGAGAGCCUCGGCCGUCACCCGUAUCGACCAUGCCACCGGCCAGGAAUACAUCACUAACGACAGGCAGGAAGCCUCCUGGGUCAAGAUGCGCUCCAUCACCGAGCAGGGCGCCCUCGACGAGUUCCUCGCCACCGCCGAACUGGCCGGCACCGAUUUCACCGCCGAGAAGAUGAGCAGCGUCAAGAUCAUCCACACGGACCAAAAGAACCCCUAUCUCUUGUCCGCCGCCGAGGAGAGGGUCAUUGUCGGGAAACAAAACCAGAACAAGGGCAGAUUGACGGUUCCCAGAAGGCCAAAGUGGGAUUCUACCACGACCAGGGAGCAGCUUGACAGGCUGGAAAAGGAGGCCUUUUUGGACUGGAGAAGAGGACUGGCCGAGCUGGAGGAGACCAAGGACUUGCUCAUGACACCGUUUGAGAGAAACUUGGAGGUGUGGAGGCAGCUCUGGAGAGUUAUUGAGCGCUCUGAUGUUGUUGUUCAGAUUGUUGAUGCCAGAAACCCGUUGAUGUUCCGUUCUGAGGAUUUGGAGAACUAUGUCAAGGAGGUUGACCCCAAGAAGCACAACCUGCUGCUUAUCAACAAGGCCGAUAUGAUGACGUAUAGGCAGAGAAAGAUGUGGGCUGAUUACCUCAAGGGUCAAAAGAUUGCCUACAGGUUCUUCUCUGCUCAUCUGGCCAAGGAGGCGCUCGAGGCUGUGGAGGAAGAGUCUGAGUCUGAGGAGGAGCCCACCGUUGCUUCUUCUAGCAAGAAGCCGGUUGCUGAGGUGAAGGAGGAGACUAGGGAGGAGGAGGAGGAGGAGGUUGAGGAGGCCGAGACUCAAGAAGAGCAGGAGGAUGAGGAUACCAGAAUUCUGACGGUGGACGAGUUGGAGGAUAUUCUUUUGGAGCUUGAGCCGGCGAAUACAGACCCUGGUCACAAAUUCACAGUUGGUUUGGUCGGUUACCCCAACGUCGGUAAAUCGUCCACAAUCAACGCUCUUGUUGGUGCCAACAAGGUGUCAGUUUCAUCCACCCCCGGUAAAACGAAGCAUUUCCAGACCAUUCAUUUGAGUGAAAAGGUUUUGUUGUGCGAUUGUCCCGGUCUCGUGUUCCCCAACUUUGCGAACACCAAGGCAGAGCUUGUCUGCAACGGUGUCUUGCCGAUUGAUCAGCUCCGCGAGUACACUGGUCCCUCCACUCUCGUGGCUACCAGAAUCCCCAAGCCUUUUCUGGAGGCCAUCUACGGUAUCCAGAUUUACACCCGCCCUCUCGAGGAAGGCGGCAAUGGCAUUCCUACUGGUGAGGAAUUGCUCAGAGCGUAUGCCCGUCACAGAGGUUUCAUGACACAGGGUCUCGGUCAACCCGAUGCCUCCAGGGCAGCGAGAUAUGUCCUCAAGGAUUAUGUCGCUGGCAAGCUCCUCUACUGCAACCCGCCACCAGACAGUGUCGAUGGUGCCGAGUUCAAUCGCGAGCUCUACGACAUUGCCCAUCUGCCCGAGAAGAGAAGAGCUGCCCUGCAACAAGCACUGGACGAGAUGACCAUCGAUGGUAGUGCAGCUGAUGAUGCUUCGGUUCUGACCGACUUCAUCCCCCUUCCUCAGGGGCGAAAAUCGCAAACACUGGACAAGGCUUUCUUCAAGAGCGGUGCGAACAACACUGGCAACUUCACCAGACCGUUCCAGUACAAGUACACGGAGCAGGGCAAGCAAGUUAUGGAGGGCAAAAACUUGUCUGGGAGGAAACUGAGGGCUAUGAUUGCUCUCGAGAAGGGAAUCGACCCCAAGGAUGUGCAGAUGACUACGGGGAAGAAGCAUUAUAAGGGGUCUAUGAAGGGGAGAGGCAAGCACAGACGCAACAAUGCGGAUGAUGAUGAGCCAUGAAUGUUUUUUUUUCUCUGGUUGAAACUUGGGAAAUGGAUUUGAUAUCAUUAGAAUCAUUACUUUUGGCGUUAUAAAGAGUCUCAAUGGAUUAUUUCCGUGAUGCCACUUCG